AUGUCCUCAAAGUCGCGAUUCACGAGACUAGACGCCUUCGCCAAAACCGUCGAGGAUGCCCGCAUUCGGACCAACUCUGGUGGCAUUAUCACUGUCGCCUCAUUGCUAGUGGUGCUAUGGCUAGUGUUUGGAGAAUGGGCAGAUUAUCGCCGAAUCGUUGUACAGCCGGAGCUCAUUGUUGACAAGUCGAGAGGCGAGAGAAUGGAGAUUCAUCUAAACAUGACUUUCCCGCGACUGCCCUGUGAGCUUUUGACUCUGGAUGUCAUGGAUGUCUCGGGAGAACAGCAGGUUGGUGUCGCGCAUGGUGUAAACAAAGUUCGCCUGAGUUCUGUUGCCGAUGGUAGUAAAGUCAUUGAAGUCCAAUCUCUGGAUUUACACUCUCCUCAAGACGCUGCCCAACAUCUGGAUCCUGAUUACUGUGGUGAUUGCUACGGAGCCCCAUCACCAGAAAACGCCAUCAAGCCGGGUUGCUGUUCGACCUGUGACGAGGUUCGAGAGGCUUAUGCGAAUAAGCAAUGGGCAUUUGGUAUCGGAGAGAACGUAGAGCAGUGCACUCGCGAAGGAUAUGGAGAGCGACUAACAGCACAGCGACGAGAGGGCUGCCGUGUCGAGGGUGUACUGCGCGUAAACAAGGUGGUUGGCAAUUUCCACAUCGCACCAGGCCGCAGCUUCACGAACAUGAACAUGCAUGCGCACGAUCUCGAGAACUACUUCCUGCCGGGCCAAUCAGCAGAGGACCAGCACACAAUGACCCACCAGAUCCACGAGCUUCGAUUUGGACCUCAGCUCCCUGCUGAACUAGCUAGCCGGUGGCAGUGGAGUGAUCACCAUCACACCAACCCGCUUGACGAUACGGAGCAAAUAACCGCUGAGCCUGCAUACAACUUCAUGUACUUCGUCAAGGUUGUCUCGACCUCCUAUCUCCCUCUUGGCUGGGAUCCGUCAUUCUCAUCUGCCAUCCACAGCGCCUAUGACAAGGCCCCUCUUGGCUCCCAUGGUCUUGCGUAUGGCUCUCAAGGUAGCAUUGAGGCCCAUCAGUACUCUGUUACUUCACACAAGCGCUCACUGAUGGGCGGUACCGAUGCCGCUGACGGCCACGAUGAGCGCAUGCACGCCGCUGGCGGUAUUCCAGGCGUUUUCUUCAACUACGACAUUUCCCCCAUGAAGGUGGUCAACCGCGAGACUCGGCCCAAGACCUUCGUUGGCUUCCUGACUGGCGUUUGCGCGAUCAUUGGUGGUACUUUGACGGUCGCUGCAGCCUUGGACCGCGGAUUCUACGAGGGUAGCCAGCGUAUCAAGAAAUCGCACUCAAGCUAG